GUGACAGUUAAUUCUAGUAUUAUUUGAACUUUGGUGGCUUGAACUAUAGUUUCUAAACGGUUGUGAUGAGUUUAUAAGUGACCAGUUAAAUCACAUGUCAACUGUGGAUAUUUACGAUGAAUAUCGGAUGAAAUAUAUCGUUAUAUUUGGUUUAUUUUUCAUAAAAUAAGAUAUUAAAUAUAGUUCGCAUAUUAUUCUUUUGAAACAUAAAGUUCAUUUUAUAUAUAUUAUUGAAUCAUGAAACCUACAAGUGAUCAAAAAGUUUCUGGCGCCAAAAUUGCCACAUCAGAGGUUAAUCUUAAACUCAGAGAAUCUUUACACGAUUUGCAACCGACAGCUAUGGACAAGGAAAAUCUAGUUGGCGGUGGAAGAACCAUCAAAACAGAUUCAUCAAUCAAAGAUGCAUUAAAAAAAGAUAUCGAAAGCACAACGGAGAAACCAAAAAUAACAAAACAAAAACACAAAAAAGUUAUUUGUAAAAAUAAGGCAGUUCAAACAAGUAGAGGAGAGUUGAUUCGAAUUGAUAUAGAAGAUUUAACAUCUGAAGCUGGUCCAAGCGAGAAUUAUUGGCAAGUAUUAGCAGAAAGACGACGAAUAGCACUUCAUGACGCGCUAGAUGAAAAUAAAGCAUUACACGAACGCAUAGCAACAUUGCAGGAAGAAAAUCGUUUGUGUAACGAAAUGUUGAAUGAAACACGGGCAUUAGUUGAAGUAUUACAAGAAAUGAUUGAAGAUGAUGAUAGCAACGGUAUACACAAUUCAUUGGAAGAUAGUGCUCUUUAAUUUUAUAUUAAAUUUUCAACAGUGAUCCAAAUAUUACUUUUAUAUCUUAACCUCAUAUCGAA